UCAAAAAUCCCCCCUUGGUGUAAUGUCACAAUUUUCAGAGAUAGAAACCCUAGUACCUUCUAAGAAAGAAUUUAAUUCAAGUGAAAGUAUUGUAACAGCAGACCUUGAGGCCAUAAUCAAACAACCCGAGGGUAUAAAUGUAGUUUAUAUGGCAGCCUGGUACAAUGGUGAGACUUAUAGAAUCUUUGAUAUUAGUCAAUGGGGGUAUAAUACUACAACUAUGUUAGAACAAUUUUGGAUAGACCUACUAAAAAAUAAUAAAGGGAGAAUAUGUUAUUUUCAUAAUUUUGGCGGGUAUGAUGCCAUACUUUCUAUGCCUUCUCUUCUUAAUAUCCCUAACUUAGCAUUCUACCCUAUUAUGAAGGAUGGUGAGAUAAUUUCAAUUAAAGUUGCUCAAAAGGGAAAGGUAGUUCUUACAAUUAAAGAUUCAAUAAAAAUAUUACCAGGUGCUUUAAGUAAACUUGCCAAAGAUUGGGGUGUCGAGACACAAAAAGACCACUUCCCCCAUUACUUUUGGAAUGGGUCAAUAAAAGAUACACUUAACUAUGAAGGUUUCCUUCCUCCUUAUUCUAAAUUUGAACCCAAAAGAACUUCCCUAAUUGACUAUGAAGAAAUGGUAAAAGAAUUUAAGAAUAAAACCUGGUCCUUUCUUAGAGUUUCAGAAUUCUAUAUUCUAGGUGAUGUUAAGGCUACUUAUCAAGUUUUAGUAAAAUACUUUGAAACUUUAAUAACUAAGUUCCCCAUAGAUCCUUUAAAAAUAUACUCUGCACCCUCAGCAGCCUUUAGAAUUUGGAGAACACUCCAAUUACCCCUUCUUCAUCAAGAAGGUCUAAAAGUCUAUGACUUAAGUCAUAACAUAGAUUCACUAUUAAGGGAAAGUUAUUGUGGUGGAAUAGUAGAUGUUUAUCGACCACAUUUAAUAGGAAAAGGCUAUUACUAUGACGUGAAUAGCUUGUAUCCCACAGCUAUGUGCAAAUCUAUGCCAGUAGGUAUGCCCCAGUUAGUUGAAUUUCUAACAAAAGAAGAGUUUUUAAAGGGUGAGUUCUUUGGAUUCCUCGAAGCAACCGUAAGAGCACCUGCUAAUGAGUACAUUGGACUAUUACCUAUUAAAUUACAAGGUAGACUCAUUUGCCCUGGAGGUACUUUUAGUGGACUUUUCUUCUCUGAGGAACUCAAAUUUGCUUUAGAAAAUGGUUACCAAUUACUAGAAAUUAAACUAGCCUAUUCUUUUAAGAGAGGGGCCAAUACCUUCUUACAACUUAUAACCCAAUUAAACUCCAUGAAGAUAGAAGCUCAGAGAAAUAGCCAACCCACAAUAAGAAAUCUUGCCAAAUUACUUAUGAAUUCAAUGUACGGGCGUUUUGGAAUGCACCCUACUUUAACCGCUCACGGAAUCUAUACUUCUAAACAGAUGAACCAAAUAACACCUGCUUGGAUAGUACAAAAUGCAAUAAAUUUUGGUGAGUUAAGCCUGGUCACUCUUCUCCUAAAUAAGAAUUGGAUUCUAGAAAAUCAGGGUGUGGAAGGACUAAUUAAACACUUAACCAAUUUAGGUAAUAACACCAAUGUGGCAAUAGCUGCCGCUGUAACAGCCUAUAGUAGGAUGAUUAUCAAUCAAUAUAAACUAGAUGCUUUAAAACUUGGACUAAACCUUUUCUACAGUGAUACUGACUCACUAAUUUUAGAUGGACCAUUACCUGAAAAUUAUAUUCAUUCAGCCACCCUUGGAAAACUAAAACUAGAGCAUAUCUUUAAGGAAGGAAUUUUUGUUAUGCCAAAGGUUUACUACUUAGAGAAGGAAGAUGGAAGUAUCGUAAGUAAGGUUAAGGGCUUCCCAGGAAAACUAAGUAAGGCCCAAUAUCUAGAACUAUUGGAAGGGAGAUCAAUUGAUCUUGAAAUAACUAAGUGGAGCAAAUCCUUGAAAGAAUCUUUUGUAAAGAUUGAAACAAGAAGACCCUAUACUUUAAGCUUUACAUUUAAUAAGAGACAGCAAAUCAAAAAUUCACAAGGUAUUUGGACAAAUACAACCCCUAUUAAAAUUAAGACUUAAUUCUAACUAUUGGAGGCUCGGAUCCUCCCUGG